AUGACUAUAACCAAAUCACCAUCAUCGACAUCUCACAAUAACAAUAAACGUUAUAGAGACGAAAAACAAAUUUUUACGAGUUUAACAAAAGGACGAAAACAAAAUCACUAUAAUCGUCGUCUAAAACUAACGAUAAAUAUGAGAAGACAAAAUUUUAUGAAUCAAACAAUCAGAUUAAAACCAAAUCACCUUCAUCAACGUUUAACAAUAACGGUAAACGUGAUAAAAGACGAAAAACAAACAUUUUCUAACGAGAAGUUUAAAACAAAAUCACCAUCAUCAACAUCUAAAAAUAACGGUAAACGUGAUAGAGACGAAAAGACUGACCGUUAUGAGUCUAACAAGAGGAUCAAAACCAAAUCGCCACCAUCAACGUCUAAACGAUAA